AGUCGAAAGGCCCCAAACUGGAUCUUUAUGGAACAUUUUCCGCCGAGAUCAAGGGAAAGUGAAUCCGCGCAGCGGGGGAUGCUCCGCACGCCGCUGCCAUCGGGGGCCGCGGAGCCGCUCCCGGCCUGAGCACCCCGCGGAUGCCCUUCAUGCCGCAGCCGCCCCCAGGCCAAGCCCGGAGCCCCCCGCUGCGCCUCCUGUCCCUCGGCCGGCCGUGAAAUGCUCCAGGAGAAAAGCCUGUCUGAAACCGAGGAAGGGUUUCCAACAGCCCCCGCACCCGGCCAUGCGGACACCUCCGCUGGCUCCCCCGUCCUCGGCGUAGCCGGGGGGAGCAGCACGCCGCUCAGCAGCCCGCAGCUCCCCGACCCCGAGCAGACAAUAGAAAAUAUCAAAGUCUAUCUCCAUGAGAAGGAGCUAUGGAAGAAAUUUCAUGAAGCUGGCACGGAAAUGAUAAUAACCAAAGCAGGCAGGAGGAUGUUUCCCAGUUACAAGGUCAAAGUGACUGGAAUGAACCCCAAGACCAAGUACAUUUUGUUGAUCGACAUCGUCCCGGCCGACGACCACCGCUACAAAUUCUGUGACAACAAAUGGAUGGUGGCCGGGAAGGCAGAGCCGGCCAUGCCGGGCAGGCUGUACGUGCACCCCGACUCCCCGGCCACAGGAGCCCACUGGAUGAGGCAGCUGGUGUCCUUCCAGAAGCUCAAACUCACCAACAACCACCUGGAUCCCUUUGGACACAUCAUCCUUAAUUCAAUGCACAAAUACCAGCCCCGGCUGCACAUUGUGAAGGCAGACGAGAACAACGCCUUCGGCUCCAAGAACACGGCUUUCUGCACCCACGUCUUCCCAGAGACCUCCUUCAUCUCUGUCACCUCCUACCAGAACCACAAGAUAACCCAGCUGAAAAUUGAGAACAACCCCUUUGCCAAGGGCUUCCGGGGCAGCGACGACAGCGACCUGCGCGUGGCUCGGCUCCAGAGCAAAGAAUAUCCAGUAAUUUCCAAGAGCAUCAUGAGGCAGAGGUUGGUGUCCAGCCAUGGCCAGCUGUCAGCAAAGCCAGAUGUGAACCCACUCCAUGGGAAUCACCAGAGCCUGCAGCAUUAUCAGUAUGAGAAUGGUGCUCACAUGCAGUUUGCAGCUUCGGAUACUCAAGAUCUGCCACUCAACACCUUCACAGCACAGAGGGAUUCAGGGCUCUUCUACCAUUGUCUAAAAAGAAGAGAAAGCGCUCGGCACCUGGACCUGCCCUGCAAACGCUCCUACCUGGACGCCUCGUCCUCGGUGGGGGACGAUCACUAUUUCCGCUCGCCGCCGCCCUACGAGCAGCAGAUGCUGAGCCCGUCCUACUGCGGCGAGGUGGCCCCCAGGGAGGCCUGCAUGUACUCUGGCUCCGGCGCCGACAUCGCCGCCGUCUCGGCCGUCGACGAUUUACCGCCUCCGCCGCCGCCGCUGAGCUGCAACAUGUGGACUUCAGUCGCACCUUACACCGGCUACAGCGUGCAGCCCAUGGAGACUGUCCCCUACCAGCCCUUCCCGCCCCACUUCACCGCCGCCCCCAUGAUGCCGCGGCUCCCGGCCAUGGCGGGCCAGGGCUCGCAGCCGCCGGGGAACGGCCCCUUCAGCGUCUACAACCAGCUGGGCCCGGCCCCGGGCCGGGAGCGCGGCCCCGCCGCGGCCUUCCCCAGGGAGCGGGGGCACCCGGCCGUGUGCGAGAGGAAAGCGCCCUCUCCGCACCUGAACGCGGCCAACGAGUUCCUGUACUCGCAGAGCUUCUCGCUCUCCAGGGAGUCGUCGCUGCAGUACCAUUCAGGGAUGGGGGCUGUGGAGAACUGGACCGACGGGUGACCCCCGAGGCCACAGCCACCUUACUGCUCCGGGACAGCUCAGGCAGUGUUGAUACCUGUGGGUAACUUGCACUUCGGUGAGACACAUGUGCAUUUCCAGAGGGAUUUGUGUGCGGGAAGAGCUCGUAUCUUCAGGCACACAGAGAGUUCCAUCUCCUGUCUCAGUGGGCUGGAUUCAUCAGGCUCUUAGUGACUCCCAAAUAAAUUCAUUCUCGUGUCUUCAUCCAGUAGAAACCAUCUUCACGACUAACGAGUGACGUAGCUAGUCAUGUUCUUUUGCUUGUAAUGUUAAACAUCCGUGAGCAAAUUUUGGCUAUUUGGGAAAAAUACGAGCUUCGCUUUUACGGUCCUUGGCUCACAAAGCCAGAACCUCCCAAAGCUCCGAGAAAAAGCCCUUCGAUCGCUUGAGUAGCUCAAGGACUGCCGUGGCAGCGCUUCUUUAGCCCUUUGGGCCCUGAGAUUCCAAAGGAAUUUGUUCCUCUGGAAGUGAGGGAGCGGCGGGGCCGCCCCGGCAGCGCGGGGGCCGUGCCGGAGAAGGCACCGAUGCACAAAUGUCUCUGCUCGCCCCCACACCGACACCGGGCGUGCCUGGGGGAAGCGAAGAAGUGAAGAGUUAAGUCCGAGGCCAAACAGCAAAUUAAUUGCAGCAUUAGGAACAGACCCAGUGUCUUCAGACUCCCAUCCCUUGAUUGAAUUACAUUUGCUUAAUUGCAAUAUAUUUAUGAAGUUUAAGCUUAAAAGUCGCUAAUACCUUCCAGAACCCAUUUCUGUAUUUGCUGGUCCUUGAUUUCUUUCAUAUUCAGCUGAAACGUGCCUUUUGUGCUAUGUUCUUUUCUUUUGCAGCUAACUGGGAAUUGCCUUCGGCCUGGAGGAGGCCUAGAGGAAUAUUUUCCUAGUGAGGGGUGAGGAGGGAAGAGCUCCAUGCCCCGUCAGGCUUUGCAGUGUACAGAUAUUUGUAGGACAGGUAAAAUCUGUAAGCAGUGCAUCCAUGGCUCCCUGUGCUCACGGGGGAAGGCCCGGGGUGACUCCUGGCCGUGCCCUCUGCGUGUCCCCGUGGGCUCCAUCACAGGUGGGUUUGAUGAUCUCAGAGGCCCUUUCCAGCCUCAGUGGUUCUGGGAAGCAGAGAAUUCCCUCUGGGACAGAGCUCCCCUGGUCCUCACCCACAAAGCUCCUGUCCCAGGGCAGUGUCCCUCCUGCUGAGCUCCCGGGCUGUGCCACCAGGUGACACAGAGGUGACGCUGGAGCUCGGUUCCCCUGAAGAGCACAAGGUCCAAGCUUUAGUCAUUGCACAGUGGGGUUUGAGUUCAUUGCUUCCCAGACAGGCAAAGGCAAAAAGCUGAAAUGCAGGUUUGGAAGUGGGGAGGUGCUUCUGUGCUUUGGUGAAUCCAUCCCACGGAGGAGCCCCAUGGAUUGGGGGGGCUGUGACACAGCCCCGAGGUCACAUUCCAACCAGGACAGUCCCCUGCAGCCACUCAGCAGAAUUGCUCUGUGACUGGUGGGGAUUUUGUAACCAGAGGUUGGAAAUCACUACAAUUUUUGCAUGCUGAAUAGCUAUUUAUAUACAUAUAUAUUUUAUAUAUAUAUAUAUAUAUAAAAUUAUAUAUAUCACAAAUGCAGGCCACGUGUCCAAUUCAGCUUUGCUUUUAAUGAAUGAAAUACUUAAUAAAAAUGAAUGUUGCAAAGGGGUUUUUUUUUUUUUUUGGAAAGACAUCUAUUUAAAAUUUUUUUUAUUACACACCUUUGAUGUAAAAACUAAGAAUUGGUUAGACAAAAAAAAACAUAUAUGCUACAGAUAAAUCUUUAUUAGAAACCGCAUUAGAUACAGGUGGUAUGGAAUUUUUAAAUGUUUGUUACAUAGCAUGGACAUUUUAUUUUACAUAUCAGAACAUAAAGUCAUUUUACUACUACUAGCUGUCUCUGGGUGCAUUUCAAUAAUCAGUAUAAAACUGUUCCAUGGUGAAUUAA